AUGGCCCGGGAGAACGGGGACGGCGGCGGCUCCUGGAAGAAGCAGGCGGAGGACAUCAAGAAGAUCUUCGAGUUCAAGGAGACGCUGGGGACGGGUGCGUUCUCCGAAGUUGUUUUGGCUGAAGAGAGAGCGAGUGGGAAACUCUUUGCAGUCAAAUGCAUUCCCAAGAAGGCACUGAAGGGAAAGGAAAGCAGCAUAGAGAAUGAAAUUGCAGUGCUGAGAAAGAUCAAGCAUGAAAAUAUAGUUGCUCUGGAAGACAUCUAUGAGAGCCCAAACCAUUUAUAUUUGGUCAUGCAGCUAGUGUCUGGGGGAGAGCUGUUUGACCGCAUUGUGGAGAAGGGGUUCUACACGGAGAAGGACGCCAGCACCCUGAUCCGGCAGGUCCUGGACGCUGUGUACUACCUGCACCGCAUGGGCAUCGUGCACAGGGACCUCAAGCCUGAGAACCUGCUUUACUACAGCCAGGAUGAAGAGUCAAAAAUCAUGAUCAGUGACUUUGGAUUGUCAAAGAUGGAGGGUAAAGGAGAUGUGAUGUCCACAGCCUGUGGAACUCCUGGCUAUGUCGCUCCUGAAGUGCUGGCCCAGAAGCCCUACAGCAAAGCCGUGGACUGCUGGUCCAUCGGGGUCAUCGCCUACAUCCUGCUCUGUGGAUAUCCCCCUUUCUAUGAUGAAAACGACUCCAAACUCUUUGAGCAGAUCCUUAAGGCAGAGUAUGAGUUUGACUCUCCAUACUGGGAUGACAUCUCUGAGUCUGCUAAAGACUUCAUUCGGAAUUUGAUGGAGAAGGACCCUAAUAAAAGAUACACCUGUGAGCAAGCAGCAAGGCACCCUUGGAUCGCUGGAGAUACAGCACUCAACAAAAACAUCCACGAGUCGGUCAGCGCCCAGAUCCGGAAGAACUUUGCAAAAAGCAAAUGGAGACAAGCGUUCAACGCCACGGCAGUGGUGCGGCACAUGAGGCGGCUACACCUCGGCAGCAGCCUGGACAGUGGCAGUGCCAGCGUGUCCAGCACCCUCAGCCUGGCCACGCCGCUCCCCGACGCGGCCACGCGGAAAGACUCUUUGAUUGUUGAUUUUUACCUCCAGAGUCACAGAGGCCAUCUCUGAUGCCAACAGCAGUGCUCUUGCUGGGAAAACAAAACAAACAAAAAAUCCAGAAAAGCUCCAGCUGGCCCCUUAGCCUGCAGAAGAAGUUGUGAGGACAGGCUGCCCAUGAACUCUGCGAGCUGACAGUCAGUAUUGCAGUGGCAAGGGCUUCUGCUGAUGAUUUUGCAUGUGACUUCAUUCCCAGUGCACCCUAACUCUCUGCUGGAUCACCCCUUCCGCAGCACGAAAUGGAUAUUGGCCCUGCCACAUGGCCAGUGGGGAAGUAGGAGUGGGGGAAAACCUGGCAGUGUUGCUUUCCUGAGACUGUCACUCUGCUGCUGCUGCUGUCUCUUUUGUCCUGGUUGCUGUUGUACAGGUGGCAUUAGAGUAGUGGGUACAAAAAAAAAAAAAAAAAA